GGUGUCUGUUGUAUGAUGUCUCCUCUCGUUGCCCGCCUGCUGCUUCUUGUCUGCUUGGCUUUACCUCUUUAUGGCGUGGAAAAGGUGAGAAACAGAGGAUACCGAAAGGAUCCUGACGCUGACAAGUAUGGGAGCUGCAUGCAGGGGCCCGCAGGCCUCCCUGGCAGAGAGGGUAACCCUGGAACCAAUGGCAUCCCGGGGACGCCGGGCAUCCCCGGCCGUGACGGGCUGAAAGGUGAGAAAGGCGAGUGCAUUAAUGAGAUCUUCGAGGAGCCCUGGAGGCCCAACUACAAGCAGUGCGCCUGGAACUCUCUGAAUUAUGGGAUCGACCUGGGUAAAGUAGCUGACUGCACGUUCACCAAGCUGCGUUCAGACAGCGCCCUCAGAGUCCUCUUCAGUGGUUCCCUCAGACUCAAGUGUAAGAAUGCAUGCUGCCAGAGGUGGUACUUCACCUUCAACGGAGCAGAAUGCACGGGACCCCUGCCCAUAGAGUCCAUCAUCUACUUAGACCAAGGAAGCCCUGAGCUCAACUCAACCAUCAACAUCCACAGAACGUCCUCAGUUGAAGGGCUCUGCGAGGGUGUCAAAGCAGGGUUGGUGGAUGUGGCCGUGUGGGUGGGGACCUGUGCUGACUACCCCAGAGGUGAUGCGUCUACAGGGUGGAACUCAGUAUCCAGGAUUAUCAUUGAGGAGCUGCCCAAAUAAAAAAAUAAAGGGUGCAUGUUUAGGGAGGGACCAGCGCUGGUAGUAUAAGAGUAUGUUUUCUGGCCCUCCAAAAUGAUCAGGUACAGUUUGCUAAGGGGUCACAGCAUCACUGAUGCUAACUUGAAUGUUUUUGUGUUUUCUUUAAAUACCAUACCAGUUGACAGGCCUAUAAACAAGAAUACUGUGUCAUUCUGUCUUCCUUAAAUAAACUUUGUACUGUAGCUGUACUGCUCAUGGCUGCUGCUGGUAUACAGUAACCAUUUAACAGACAAGACACUGACCAUAUUUAAACUGUGUC